UUCAAGGUUGUCAAUCACAAUAAUGUGAAACAGAUGAAUUUCACAACGGAUAUUAAAACUCCACCUUGAAUAAAGGUGAGUGGGGUCAAAGUCAUCCUAUAGUCUCCAUAUCCAACUACUGUAGCUUUUAGUUUGUUGUGUCAAUCGUAAACAAAACCAUUUCAUUCGAAUCUUCUCCAUGACAAUCGCGUAUAUUUAGUAAGAAUCGGUCGGGCAAGCAGUGAUAUGGCGUCGAGGAGGCAAAGAACAGGCGAUUCGGUGGCUUAUUGGCUAGGAGUGUGGCAUGUCGGCAUCCACCGUACUGGCCGGCCAAUUGAGACUGCUCGCGACCAGGCAUCUCGGCAACAAAUUUCCUGAUCUUGGGGACGACGACCGACCUGGAGGCUGGAGCUUUCCUUUUCCGCUACCGUGGCCGGCAGAGCAAUACCGCCAGAAUUGAGGCAGAGGGGAACCAGUAAAAUGAAGGGAAUGACGGCAGUUCAAAGAGGUAGCGGAGGCCGGCGGUAGCUAAUGUUGAGUCGUUGACUGAAGUUUUCAACAAGCUCCAUAGCCCACAACAAGUUUUCAGCUUUUGAGUUCAACAGUUAUAGUAAUGCCUUCCAUUUGAACAUUAAUGUAUACGCCUACCCACUGCUACCAAUUUUCAUCUUGACAAGCGACGCCAUUCAGCUCUCAGUGAAGAAGAACGACGCCAUUGAAAUGGUCCUUACCAGAAGUGAAGCGCAACCAACAUCUGUUUGAGUGGUCGGAUUUAGUACAACCUCACAGCAUGUUUGACAGGGUCGAGCUCAUUAUUCACCAUGGAGGGAACUUUGUUAGUACUCCUACGAUGUACUUAGGUGGUGAAGUGGACAUCAUUAAAGUAGAUCCUGAUUUCAUAAGCUAUACUCAUCUGAUGAAGUCUCUAAAAUCAGGAUCAUAUGGGAACAUUUGUGGGCUGUAUUACAAAACACCAGAACAACCAAUGGAGAUGUUACAUGAAUUGUUCAAUGAUGCAACAACCCUAGAUCUGAUAUAUAUGGGUACAAGGUGUGGGAAGUGUGAGAUUUAUGUACAUCACAGUCUUGAUGAGGCUGAAUUAGUUGAAAUUCCUCUAUUACCUGUGCCAACUACGAAUGCCAAUGGUAAACCUGUACCCCAACAUGAUGAAGAACCUGUUAUAGGUGAUCAUGCAGAUGUUGACCAAACGAGUGAAGGGUUAACAUCACAUGAUGCAGAGGAGGAAUACAAAACUAAAAGUGACACCUCAGAAGGGGAAGACAGUGUUGAGUAUGACUCAUCGAAUCCAAGAAGCUACAAUGGUGAACCAGAAAUACAUGACCAACCUAGAGAACACUUUUGUACUUAUAAUCCUGAUUGUGAGCCUCCUAACAUACAGGUGGGAAUGUAUUUUGAAGAUGGUACACAAUUCAAGAGUGCUCUUGUUAGAUAUGCUGUGCAUGAGAAAAGAGAUAUAAAAUUUGCCAAAAAUGAGCCACACAGAGUCCGGGUGAAAUGUGGUGGUACAUGUUCUUUUUCUUGUACUGGUACAUGGGUUGAGAGAUUGAAGUGCUUUCAAGUGUCGGUUUUCAACCAAGAACAUCAAUGCAAUUUGAAGUAUAAGUUGGAGAUAGUUAGUCAGAAAUGGAUUGCAGAAAAGUUUGAGGAUAAGGUUGUUGAUGAUCCUACUAUGACUGCAUUGGAGCUGAAGAAACUGAUUAAAGCUGAGCUCAAAAAACACGUUUCUACCAGUAUGGCUACCAGGGCUCUGAGGAUUAUUCAAAAGAAAACCCAAACAGUUUGGAAAGAGCAAUUCAAAAAAAUCAGAAACUACGCAGAGGAAUGCCUACAGUCUAUUCCUGACAGUACAAUGGUCAUUCAUACUACAAGAGUAGUUCCUGAUUCUCCCUCUAUAUUUCAACGCAUAUAUGUGUGCUUCGGACCGGUUAAAAAAGGGUUUCUUGAAGGUUGUAGGAAGGUUGUUGGACUAGAUGGGUGCUUUCUUAAAGGUCAACUGAAAAGGGAGAUACUAUCAGCAGUAGGUAGAGAUGCCAAUAACCAAAUGUACCCCAUUGCAUGGGCGGUAGUUGAGAUUGAAAACAACUCGUCAUGGGCCUGGUUUCUAGAGCUUCUGAAAACUGAUCUGCAAAUCACUAGGUCAGAUUUGUGGACUAUCAUAAGUGACCAACAAAAGGGUCUUUGUAAUGUGAUUGCAAGGGUUUUCCCAGAGGCUGAGCACCGAAAUUGUGCUAGACACAUUCAUGCGAAUUGGAGCAAAACCCACAGAGGUUUGCUUCUUAAGAACCUGUUCUGGAUGUGUGCAAAGUCCACUUGCGAGGAACAAUUGCAGACUGCAUUAGCGGAGUUGGAUAAGGCAGAUAGUGAUGCUGGUAAAGACUUGCGCAAAAUUGAUUUCAAAUUAUGGUGCAAGGCAUAUUUUAGAACGGAUGUGAAAUGUGAUACUGUUGAGAACAACUUAUCAGAGGCCUUCAAUAGCACCCUUCUCAAAUGCAGAGGAAAACCUAUUAUUCCAAUGCUAGAGGACAUUAGAGUUGCAAUGAUGAAAAGGAUUGCCAAAAAAAGGAAAUAUGUCAAAAAGUGGUCAGGUAUAAUAUUUACUUCAAUUGGUAAUGGAUAAUUAAUUCCCUUUAUAAUCUGGUUGGCAUAAUUUCAGUCCAAUAAUUAACAUUGGCAGGACAAUUUGGACCUGUGAUUAUGAAUAAAUUGAACAAAAACAUUUUAGCUAGCCAAGGAUGGAAUGUGGAUUUCAACGGGGACGAUGGCUAUGAAAUUAAAAAGGGAAAACAACAAUUCAAGGUCAGUCUGAAUGGUAAAACAUGUUCCUGUAGGAGGUGGAAUUUGUCUGGAAUACCUUGUGCGCAUGCCAUAUGUGCCAUUUUUGAUAAUGGCCAAAAUCCGGAACAAUAUGUGGACAACUGCUACUCUAAGGAAUUCUACCAGAGAACUUAUUCAUACACUCUUCCACCAAUUAAUGGAGAGUUGUUAUGGCCAUGAACUCAGCAUGAAGAUAUUGUGCCUCCUGUGCCAAAGAAGAUGAGUGGACGCCCAAAGAAGAAGAGAAUCCGGGAAGCAUCUGAAGCACCCUCAUCUGGUUCACAGCUUACAAGAAAGGGAAGGGUUAUGAAAUGUUCCAAUUGUAAAGGGGAAGGACAUAAUAAGUCUUCUUGUACUAAUAAAAACACACCUACUGAAGAAAUACCAAGAGCUAAUCCGAGAAGAAGAGGUGCAAGGCAGGGUAGAUCUACUAGAGGAGGAGGGAGGGGAAGACAACAAAGUGGUUUUGGUGUGUACUACAAUCACAACACUGGUGAAACCCUUCUUGAUGUAAGUUAAAAUUUGUCUAUUCAAAUGUGGUGUUACCUCAUUUCAGCCUGGGCAGCCAAGUGAAACAGUACUGAAUGCAUGAUGAAGAUAAAGGGCAAAACAGUACUAAAUUUGUUUUGCUUGAUGGCUUUUAUGUAAUGGGAUGUAAAGACUUAGUUGUUUUGUUGGAUAAGUAAUGUGUGGUGGUAGUUUGGCUUGAAACUGUUGUUGGCAGUAUGUUUGGCUCAACUUUGUGAGCUUUUUUGGGUGAAUAUUGGCUAUAAAAUUGCUUGUACGUAUGGUAUAUGUGGGCCAGAACUCAUGCUUUUAAGUUCUCAAAUCAGUGUUGGUUUUUGGAUGUACAAUCAUGUUCAAUUCAACCCAUUCACCUUUACUAUGAAGCUGUUUUUUACUAUAACAGGUACAUAUAUAUUUAAUGUUUGGAUCCGUUUAAUGUUUAAUUCAUCUUCAAUUCAUCCCAUGUUUAAUUCCCA